UACCAACUGAACUUACUUCCGCUAAAAUGGCGCCCUCCACUGCUGCCUACGUCAUCAACAUGCGCCCGAGACGCUUCAGCCCCAACAAACCUCCGGCAGUUUGGCUCUUAUUUUAACUUUAUGCCUAAAUGAUGCCGGCGGCGAGGCAGGUCCGUCGGCGCUGAGAAGAGGGAAGAAGAAUAAGAAGAGGAGGAAGGCUCUGCUAUGGGGCGUAACCCUGGCGGGGUCUGCCCUUUCUUCUUGCAAGGCAACUGCCGCUUCGGGGAGCGCUGCUGGAAUGAACACCCGCGCUAUGAGCCAGGUUCCAAUAGAAGAGAAGGAUGGAGUAGCUAUAAUCAGAGAUACAGUAAUGUUGUCCAGCCACCUAAUUUUUCUAAAUCUUCCAACUGGCGUGACAAUAGAGAUGGUGGAUCUUUCGGGUUUUCUCAGAACAGGUUUGCUGGUUUAGAUGCCAGUGACAAUGUUAAUGAUGGCAUUAAAGAUGAAGAUGAGAAACUUAUGGAAAUAAUCAUGAAAGACAUGGAGAUUUGGGAAUCUUCAGGCCAAUGGAUGUUUUCCACCUAUUCACCAAUGAAAGAGAAGCCUAAUAUUUCAGGUUUUCAAGACUUUUUACCAGCAGAGUUACGUCUUGAAUAUUAUAAUUGCAGAACAAACAAUGAUACACAAAGUUAUAUCAGUUCAGUCCAGCAGUUAUUGACCCAGUGGAGAAGCAGAUUGCAUGAGUUGAAGAAUAUAAAUGCAUCUACUAAAACUAGAUUGAUAGCAGAAUUGAAGAAUGUGGCUGUUCAGCCACCACCUGCAUUUGGGUUUGGAGUACAGCAGCAAUCAGCUUUUGGAACAUCCACCUUUCCUGUGGAUAAACAGAGCAGUGCUCAAACCUUCUCUUUUAAGUCAACUUCUGAACUAAGCAGCGUCCCACCUAGAAGCACGCCUGCAUUUGGUGGUGCGCCUGCAUUUGGUGGUGCGCCUGCAUUUGGGAACCUUACUAGUGUUCAAGGCACCAAUGUCCCCUCUGCCCCAUCCCAUUCAGUUGGCUUUGGGAACCAAGCGUCUUCAUCAGCAGCUUCCUUUUCAUUUAAGACAACAGCAGCUUCGGAUGGAUUUGGAGCUCCUGGCUUUUCAAAUUUUGGAAAAUCUUUUCCUUCAAGUUCUUCAGACACCACAACUACUUCAGGAUUUGGAAAAGCAGCUGCUGCCCCUAUUUUGGAUUCAGGGAACUCAGUGUUUGGGAAGGCAGCAAAUGCCUUUGGCGGUCAUGCUACAUUGACACCCUCAGUAACCCCAGUUACCAUUUCUUCAGAAAAGUUAUUUACACCAAAAAAUGAGUUAUCCGAGGAAGAACUAAAGCAAUUUGAAGCCAAAAAGUUCUCACUAGGAAAAAUUCCUUUAAAGCCGCCUCCUCUUGAACUCUUAAGUAUGUAGUAAAUUCAGCAAUUUUUUUAUCAGAUACAAAAGCAGUAAUCCUUCAGAAAAUAUUUUUUCUGCCUCACCAGCAUUGGUUUAAAAAAUUCAUUUCUGCCAAUGAUAUGAUUUGGCUCUGAUAAGGACAUUGAAAUCGUGAAUGCUGCAUAAGCAAAUUAUAGUUUUCAAUAAACGUAAAAUGGAACGCA